AUAAACUUAAAAUAUAGAUACGUGAAGAUUUGUGAAAAUAGUAAUUACAGGCAGCAUUCUUCGCUAAUUAAUGGUGAUGAGUAACAAUUGUAAUAUCCAUAUUUAAUAUGUUUCGACCGAUUACUAAAAUUGGUUGUAAUAUUUCUGUGCAACAAAAAUUUAUUAGAAACAAGGUGGUUCGACCUGCGUCCCUUUUGAAACCUGCGGAAAAAUUAAAGCUUUACAAUAAAGAAAAUAAAGAACUUUUUGGUCCCUUAAUAGAAAGUAACAAGCAAAAAAAGAGCCGAUUGAAAAAAGAAGCUAAAAAUAGUACACAUCAAAACAACAGAACAAAAGUGCAAAGUGAGAGUACGCAAAAAUAUUUAGAAACAUCGAAUAACAAUGUUUUAGACGCUCUGUAUUCAGUUGGAUUCAGAAGAAGCAAGCUAUACUUGUUUUCGAGUGUAAGAAACAUGAUGUAUCAAAAUACGCGGAACAUUUUGAAUUUCGCUGGUGCAGUGUUGAAUAAUGUUCCAAUCAGAGGGUUACGGACAUCCUCUUUGGUGAAUUCAACUAAGAGUAUUCCUGCAGAGCCUGGCUUUGUAAGUGAAGAUAAGAUUCUCCAAAUAAAGCAGCACAGAAAUGACUAUGCUCAGCAGUAUCCAUCUGUUACUCUUAUUUUGAACAAAACAAUGACUGAAGAUUCAAAGAAGGCAUUAGAAAAGUGGAAAAAGGAAAGAAUAGAAGAGAUGGGCUUAGAAGAAUUUAAUAGGUUCUAUGAAGCACAAAUGGCGGUUGGUACAAAAUUUCACAGCACUCUCAAAAACUAUUUUACUCAACCACAAACGCAGUUGCGAAUUGAGAAAGAUGUAGAGGGUGUGUGGGUCUCAGUGUCAGAGGUAUUGAAAAAUAUAUCUUCACCGAAGGCAAUAGAAUCUAAUGUUAUUCAUCCUGUGUUGAAGUACAGGGGGAUUUUCGAUGCUAUAGCUGACUAUGAAGACAAACCUACAUUAAUUGAAUGGAAGAAAUCCGACAAGCCUCGAAAAUCGUUAGCACUAACUUACGACAAUCCCGUACAGCUAGCUGCCUACUUUGGGGCUGUGUGCAAUGAUCUGAACUACAAACAUUUAAAUGUGCGAGACGCGUUACUAGUAAUUGCAUACACUGAUGGAUCAAAAGCUGAUGUAUAUCACUUACAUACAGACAAGUUAAGGGAACAUUGGGCGCAGUGGUUAAUACGACUAGAAGAAUAUAUGAAAACUCACAACAAUGAAUCUGAAAAGUUUUUGAAAGGUGGCAAACGGCUUUUCGAAGUAGAAUUAGAGAAUCUCUAAAUAUUGUUGGAGGCAGAAUCAUCUGAAUUGAAUAUGAUACUUCGAAUAAAAGACACCUAUUCAUGCUUAGAGCUACUCUCUCUCAUGUUACAUUGGGAGGUACUAUAAAGUUUAUGUCAAUAGCACUUGUGAACAAAUAAACAAUCUUACAUAUCUCUUAUACUCAGUACUCGAAAAUUCCAUUGCCAUAAUAAAACCUUUUUUAUGUUAUAAGAUAAGGAUAGAAUGCUGAUUGUAAAGCUAAACCAAGCGCAAAAAAUGUACUCAUUAAUAUAGGUGAUCAUAAAUGUCACAUAGUUUAUUUGUAGAAAAAUAUUACAAUAGAAAAUAAAAUAGUAUUGAUGUAAGAUGAUAUUGUUCGCAAGUUCUAGGAUCUGAUUGAAGUAUUGGUUGAUUUUGUAUUAUUUCAUAAUUCAUAUUAUGAUAUUGUGUUCCUUUAUUAUUACUUUGAUAUUGGUAUGUGUAUUUUUAAGUUCUGUUCACCCAGUUUAUAUGUAAAGGGAAAUAAAUAACAUGACUAUUGUGAGUGUA